AUGGAGUUUGCUAUGGUAGGAGCAGACAGCAGCGGGUGCAACCCCCACCUGCCGUACGGAUAUGCCCAAGCUCGCGCCAGGGAAAGAGAGCGUGAGCGAGAGAGACAUUCACGCGCGGCGGCGGCAGCUGCAGCGUCCGAGGCCGGGGCAGCCGGUGACGGAGGUGGCGGAGGUGGCUCGUGCACCCACCCGUACGGUCAGCCAUAUCAGACUCGCACCGCCUCCUCUACUAGUGCCAACCAUGGGAGCGGAGGGACUGCCUCGCGCCCCUCCUCCUCCUCCUCCACUCAGCAGGCGCAACAGCAGUACGAGCCACAGCAGCAACUUCUGAGAGAGCGCAAAAAGCAGAGAGGAGUCGCGCGCUGGAGGCGGCACCGCGCGGCUCUCGGAGGGGACCUGCGCCACUCUGAGUUGGCGCUUCUCGGGUCCGAGGAGGAUGUUAUGAUAGAAGAGGACGAGGAGGCCGAGGGCGACGAAGAAGACGACGACGGGGGAAGCAAGAGAUCGAGUUUUAUCUAUAACAUGGACGACGAAGAGACAGCGUCUCUCACGGACAGACGUCCACAGUCCGGAUACGAGAACGUUUACAGCGAGUACGGCUGCUGUGAGAGAGUGGUGAUCAACGUGUCAGGUCUUAAGUUUGAAACUCAGCUCAAGACUCUUGCCCAGUUUCCCGACACGCUCUUAGGGGACCCCGCUAAGCGGAUCAGGUACUUCGACCCACUGCGCAACGAGUACUUUUUUGACAGGAAUCGACCGAGUUUCGACGCUAUUCUGUAUUUCUAUCAGUCAGGAGGACGGUUAAAGAGACCCGUUAAUGUACCUUUCGACAUCUUUUCCGAGGAGGUCAAGUUCUACGAACUUGGCGAAGAGGCCAUGAUGAAGUUCCGCGAGGACGAGGGCUUCGUCAAAGAGGAGGAAAAACCGUUGCCAGAGGACGAAUUCAAGCGGCAGAUUUGGCUCUUGUUUGAGUAUCCCGAGAGCUCGAGCCCUGCCAGAGGCAUCGCCGUGGUGUCCAUUUUGGUUAUCGUCAUAUCAAUAGUUAUUUUCUGUUUGGAAACGUUACCAGAAUUCAGGGACGACAAAGAUUUCCUUAGCCCAGGUAAAAACGUGACGCAUACAGACAACGGAUUUACGCCCUUCAACGACCCGUUUUUCAUUGUGGAGACCGUAUGCAUAAUCUGGUUCUCAUUUGAGAUCAGUGUGCGCUUUUUUGCCAGUCCGAGCAAAGCCUCUUUCUUCAAAAACAUCAUGAACUCUAUAGACAUUGUCUCCAUUUUGCCUUAUUUCAUAACUCUGGGCACGGACCUCGCGCAACAGCAAGGCAACGGGCAGCAGGCCAUGAGCUUUGCCAUCCUGAGAAUAAUCCGACUUGUCAGGGUUUUCCGGAUCUUCAAGCUCUCCCGACACUCCAAAGGACUCCAAAUUCUCGGGCACACGUUGCGCGCGAGCAUGCGCGAGUUGGCGCUGCUCAUUUUCUUUCUUGUUAUUGGGGUGGUGCUGUUCUCCAGCGCCGUGUACUUCGCUGAGGCGGACGAGCCCAAGUCACAGUUCACGAGCAUCCCGGACGCCUUCUGGUGGGCCGUCGUUACCAUGACGACUGUAGGCUAUGGAGACAUGAAGCCCAUAACAGUCGGCGGGAAGAUAGUGGGCUCGCUGUGCGCCAUCGCCGGCGUCCUCACCAUCGCGCUCCCUGUGCCCGUCAUCGUCUCCAACUUUAAUUACUUCUACCACAGGGAGACUGAUAAUGAGGACCAGGCUCCUGCGGUCGAGUACCCACCUCCGGGAUGCCCGUAUUUCCCGGACUUCCUGAAAAAGUUCAAAGGAUCUACAUCCGGGUCCUCACUGGGCGACAAAGCCGCCGAGUACAUGGAGAUGGAAGAAGGCGUCACGGAGUCACUUUGCGGCAUAGACAAGCAGAGUCCGAGUAGAGGGAACGGCACGGACAUUGGCAGGAGAAACAGUACACAUUCAAGAAGCAUACAGACAGAUGUAUGAUUAUAAAUAUCACACUGAUGACUUUCUGUGGAGGGUUUCUUGAAGAUGAUUGCACAAUUCACUUAUCAGCACACAUGCACGCCCAAGUGCGCAAGUUGCGCGCUAGGACGCACACCCCCACACAAACAGACGCGCGUUUUAACAGACAUGCACAACAAAGCACGCACGCACGCACGCAGGCACACGUUUAAUUUCUUAUGGACCUAGGCUGAAACAUUCUUUGCAAUGUGGCUACUUUUCUA